ACGCUUUGUUUUCCACCAUUAAUCAGAUUGGCCAGUGGAAUGAUUUUUUUGAAAUGAAAUAUCGAUUAAAGCUCUAGAUGUUUUACUCGUUGUACGUGUUUUGCAUUCAAUAUACCAGGCCAUUCAAGGAUGGGAUAUUCUCUGUAUCAAAUUGUAUUCAUGGCAUCUAUAAAAAGGAGAUGAUAUAACCCAUUAGUUCUGCAACUCUCUGAGCAUACUUGGCAUUGAAAUAAUGGAUGUAUCUUGUCUGUUAAAACUCUGGAUUUUGGGCUUGUGUUUUACCUCUGCUCAUGCAUGGCUUAGGGCUGACCAUUACAGCCACUCCUGUCCAAAUCUACUGUCCAUAGUCAGAUCUGAAGUGAAAAAAGCUGUGGCAAAAGAGCCUAGGAUUGGUGCUUCAAUUCUUCGACUCCACUUUCAUGACUGUUUUGUUCAAGGUUGUGAUGCAUCCAUACUACUAGAUGGCUCUGCAUCAGAAAAGUUUGCAGUGCCUAAUAACCGUUCUGCCAGAGGUUUUGAGGUGAUAGAUCAUAUAAAAACCAAAGUGGAGGAAGCUUGCACUGGAGUUGUUUCUUGUGCAGACAUUUUGACCCUAGCAGCUCGUGAUUCUGUUGUAGAAUUGGGAGGUCCAAAAUGGACUGUACCACUUGGAAGGAGGGAUUCCAAAAAUGCAAAUGCCCCACUGGCCAACACCAGCAUUCCUGCUCCAACUUUGAACCUCACCAACAUAACUAAAAGCUUUCGAAACCAGGGUCUUUCUAUUCAAGAUAUGGUGGUUCUUUCAGGAGGUCAUACGAUUGGACAAGCUCGCUGCUCAAGUUUUAGAGGCCACAUCUACAAUGACACCAACAUUGACAGCUCAUAUGCGAAAUCACUGCAAUCAAAUUGCCCUUCACAAGCAAAUUCAGGGGAUGACAAUCUGGCUCCUCUAGACUUUAGGACACCCACUCUAUUCAACAAUGACUAUUUCAAAAAUCUUUUACAACACAAAGGACUUCUCCACUCAGACCAGGAGCUCUUCAAUGGAGGUUCUACUGAUUCUCUGGUCAAAAAAUAUGCUGAGGAUCUCCAAACUUUUUUCACUGAUUUUGCAGCUGCCAUGGUGAAGAUGGGAAACAUCAAACCUCUGACUGGUACUGCAGGAGAAAUCAGAUUGAACUGUCGUAGAGCUAACUAGAAUAAAACAUUCCAUUCAUGUGUAGUAGCAGAUAACAUAUUUGUUAUUGUAUUUUUUAUGAAACCAUUUGCAAACUAUUGUAAGACAGAUCAGUACAAUGAUCACCACCAGGAAGAUGGAGAUUCAGUAACUAUCCCUGCUUGUUUUGCACAGAUGAAUAUUUUAUGCUGUGGCCUCCAUUAAUAAAUAUGGUGACUACCUAUAUGAGUGUUUUUAUUUA